AUGUGUUAUUUUGAAAAGUAGUUAUAUAGUACUUACACUGGUCGUUGAAAACUGAGAGUAGGGAAAAGGGUAGGAUAGGGUAGGGUAGGGUAGGGUAGGGUGGGUAGGGUAGGGUAGGGUAGGGUAGGGUAGGGUAGGGUAGGGUAGGGUAGGGUAGGGUGGGUAGGGUAGGGUAGGAUAGGGUAGGGUGGGGUAGGGUAGGGUGGGUAGGGUAGGGUAGGGUAGGGUAGGGUAAGGCCCCAGCUCCAGCCUUAGCCCCAGCCCAACCCAGCUCAGCCCCAACCCCAGCUUCAGCCCCAACCCUAACCCCAACCCCAGCCCUAGCCCUAGCCCUAUCCCUAGCCCUAGCCCCAGCCCCAGCCCCAGCCCCAGUCGCAGCCCCAACCCCAGCCCCAGCCCCAGUCGCAGCCCCAACCCCAGCCCCAGCCCCAGCCCCAGCCCCAGCCCCAGCCCCAGCCCCAGCUUCAGCCCCAACCCCAGCCCCAACCCCAACCCCAACCCCAGCCCCAGCCCCAGUCGCAACCCCAACCCCAGCCUCAGCCCCAGCCCCAGCCUCAACCUCAGCCCCGGCCCCAGCCCCAGCCCCAGCCCCAGCCUCAACCCCAGCCCCAGCCCCAGCCCCAGCCCCAGCCCGAGCCCCAGCUUCAACCCCAGCCCCAACCCCAGCCCCAGCCCCAGCCCCAGCUUCAGCCCCAACCCCAGCCCCAACCCCAGCCCCAGCCCCAGCCUCAACCCCAGCCCCAGUCCCAGCCUCAACUUCAGGCCCAGCCUCAGCCCCAGCCCCAGUCGCAGCCCCAGCCCCAGUCCCAGUUCCAGCCGCAGUCAAAUUAAUUUUAAAACGAAUUGAUGGACAAAUUAAUAAAAACUUGGGUGGAUGUACCGACUUAUGGUACGUCUUACAUGUAUUCGUUUUAAAUGUAGCAUUUAUUGUUAGUCUUGUGUAUGGGUUUGUGAAAUUAAUUUAUUAUGAUUCUUAUUCUCAAACUCUUUAACCCUGUCUUAACUUUUUUCAACUCACAGAUGCUUGCCCUACUCUAUCUUGCGCUAACUUAUCUUGCCUUGACCUACUUUAACUAAGUGUGCACUAUUCUGCCGUGGUUCAUCUUUAAGUAUCGUAAACAACCAUGUUCUAAGUUACCGUAACAUACUUUGUUUUAUCUUUCUAUACCGUACUCUAACCUACAGUAAUUUACCUUUUACUAGCAAAGUAACAGUACUGUUAUACCAUGAUAUUUUUUCUUAUUUUGCCCUCUCUUCAGCUUUUUUCUUCUCCCCUUUCUUUUCUCUUCUUUUGUCUUCUGUCUCCCUCCUUUCUCCUCUCUUACUGUCUCUCUCUCUUUCAUUUUUACUCUCCUUCUUGGGUUUAUAUUGAGCGUCUAAAUUUAGAUUUUUACAAGCGGACAAAAAACGCUUGGUUUUUUUAGUUCAACGACAAAUAAGACUGAAUAGUUUAUUAUAAAUUAGACGUUUUACGUAUUUUUACAAUCGCUUAGUAUAGUAAAUUUAUAAAUGUCAUCCGUGGCAAACUAAGAUUAUUGUCACGUUUGUUUCUUUUUACAAACUUGAGGUAUGGGUACAAGAUCACAAUGUUGACCGAUGGCCAUACACGUUCUGCACAAGUUAUACCUACGACGAGAUUGUGUUUUAUCGACUGGUAAGUCAAAUAUGCUUACGAUGCUUAGAAAGUUUAUACUGAGUAGGCUUAGUAGUCUUAGGCUGAGUAGAUAUAGGCUUAGUAAACUUAGAGUUAGUACUGAACAAUAUACGAGCAGACAUGCCUUGAGGUGAAAUAGGAGCAAGAGUCAGCAAAUACCCUUUUAGAAGCGUUUUCCAAGCAGCACUACCAACAAAAGUAAAUCCAGAUAUACAAAUAAAUGCGUUACUAGCCACAAUUAACCAGUAAAUCUUAAGGUCCAGCGUUGAUAAGGCGAAUUCAAAUGCAGUCAGAGAGCUAAAUGCAUACACACCAGCCAAAGAGUAG